AUGGUUAACGGACGGAUCUGUGCCAUGCCGAUCGAGGAGGUCACCCAGAUUUACGAGAACCUGAUCGAGUCAACACGACUCAAGCAGGCUCGCAGGAGUAAACCGAACAAGCAGUACACUAUCUUUUCGACUCAAAAGCUGGACGAUUAUUGGACAACCCGUAUGCUUGAGUUUGAGUGGGGUAAGACCCGGGUCCGCUCCGCUAUGAUAGCAACCAGGACGGCACGCUUAACCCAAGAUAUGUCACUCUACGAAUCGCCUUUGGAGUUUCAUUCCAACCAAGCUUAA